AUGGCGAAGAGGACAAAGUUGGAUGAUAAACCACAAAGUGAACUUAUUGCAGCGUGGCUGUACGGCAAGACGGUGUGCUCCAGCUACGCCUUCUGCGCCGUGCUGUUCGGCAUCUGCAGUCUGAGCACUCUCACCCUGCUCAGCGUGGUGUGCUUUGUCAAAGUGCGUUAUCCACUCUACGGAAACUGGUUCGACGGCAUUCACGGCCGUCUGCUCGUCGCCUGCGCUUGGCUGUACGCGCUGUCGUUCGCAUGCUGCCCGCUGGGCCACCGUGGAGCGUACUGGCCGGAGCCCUACGGCACCGCCUGCUGCAUUGACCGGCGCCUGUCCAAUCGUCUCCGGACGGCCCGCUCCUACACCGUGGCGCUCUUCUUCUUCUGCUACGUCCUCCCGUGCUGCAUCAUCCUGGCGUCUUACGCGGACAUCCUCGCCACGGUGCGCGCGUCGCACAAAACGACGGAGCGGCACGCAUCCGGCCAGGCGCACGUGAGCGGCAUCCAGAUCAUAAUUAUCAAGGUAAAGGUCAAAUACACACGGAUGAAAAAGUGGUUUAGUGGAGUUUACUAA